GUGGCAUGGUAUCUCUACACUAAAAUAACACAGAUUUAACUUUGGAAAAGCAAAAUCUUUUACAAAGGCCAUGAUUUAAUUCAGAUCACAGGGAAAAUGCACUUCAUAUAAGGUGAACUUUGUGGUGGUGUCAUGUCCUGGGACUGUGGAUUUAAGUAUAUCUUCGCUUUUUCUCCAACUCUUAAGGCUGGGGUGAUGUGCAAGCUUCAAGAAAGAGAUGAUAUUGGGCGUAUUGAGCUGGUCCAGAAGCUAGCAAGAGAAAACUGUCAGUUUUUACAAACAGACAAAAAAGAACCAGAGAAGUCUGAACAGCAAGAUGAUGAAGUGACCACGGUUCAGGUGAAAGAGCAAGGCCAGAGUGUGCUGGUGCUGAAGAAAGUAGCCGGCUGUGGCCCAGCCCCCACCUCGGGGAGUGCGGAGAGCGACGCGAGGUACGUGGUGGUGUCCGGGACCCCGGAGAAGAUCUUGGAGCACCUUUUGAAUGACUUGCACCUGGCGGAGGUCCAGCACAAAGAAACAGAGACGCUCCUUGAUGACUUCCUUCUCACAUAUACAGUAUUCAUGACAACUGAUGACCUGUGCCAGGCGCUGUUAAGACACUAUUCUGCUAAGAAGUAUCAAGGGGAAGAAGAAAACUCAGAUGUCCCUUGUCGGAAGCGUAAGGUCUUACAUCUGGUUUCGCAGUGGAUUGCUCUGUACAAAGACUGGCUACACGAAGAUGAACAUUCAAAAAUGUUUCUAAAGACCAUAUACAGGAAUGUGCUGGAUGACGUCUAUGAAUACCCAAUUCUUGAGAAAGAAUUGAAAGAAUUUCAGAAGAUACUUGGGAUGCAUCGCCGUCACACCGUCGAUGAAUAUUCACCACAAAGGAAGAAUAAAGCCCUUUUCCACCAAUUCAGUCUUAAGGAGAACUGGCUUCAGCACAGAGGAACUGUGGCCGAAACAGAAGAAAUUUUUUGCCAUGUGUAUAUAACGGAGCACUCCUAUGUCAGUGUGAAGGCGAAAGUUUCCAGUACAGCCCAGGAAAUCCUGAAGGUGGUGGCUGAGAAGCUGCAGCGUGCCGAAGAGGAUCUGGCUCUGGUGGCCAUCAUGUUCUCUGGAGAAAAGCAUGAAAUUCAGCCAAAUGACUUGGCCAUUUCCAAAUCCCUGGAGGCAUCAGGUCGGAUAUUUGUCUACCGGAAAGAUCUGGCAGACACUUUGAAUCCUUUUGCAGAAAAUGAGGAAUCACAGCAAAGGUCGAUGAGGAUUUUGGGAAUGAACACUUGGGACCUUGCUCUAGAAUUAAUGAGCUUUGAUUGGAGUCUGUUCAACUCAAUCCAUGAGCAAGAGCUGAUCUACUUCACGUUCAGCAGACAGGGAAGUGGGGAGCACACAGUCAACCUCAGCCUUCUGCUCCAGAGAUGCAACGAGGUCCAGCUGUGGGUGGCCACGGAGAUUCUGCUCUGCAGCCAGCUGGGCAAGCGCGUGCAGCUGGUGAAAAAGUUCAUCAAGAUCGCUGCGCACUGCAGAGCUCAGCAGAACCUGAACUCUUUCUUUGCUAUCGUGAUGGGUCUCAACACUGCCUCUGUCAGCCGGCUGUCCCAGACCUGGGAGAAAAUUCCUGGGAAGUUUAAGAAACUUUUCUCUGAACUUGAAAGCUUAACGGAUCCUUCCCUAAACCACAAAGCCUACAGGGAUGCAUUCAAAAAGAUGAAGCCACCAAAAAUCCCUUUCAUGCCCUUAUUGCUUAAAGAUGUAACGUUUAUUCAUGAAGGAAAUAAAACAUUCUUGGAUAAUCUUGUCAACUUCGAAAAGCUGCACAUGAUUGCAGACACUGUCCGAACCCUGAGACACUGCAGAAGUAACCAGUUUGGAAGUGACAUGUCUCCAAAGGAGCAGCAAGAGCUGAAGUCCUAUGUCAACCACCUGUAUGUCAUCGACAGCCAGCAGGCCCUGUUCGAGCUCUCUCACAGGCUGGAGCCCCGGGCCUGAGCCAUGCCAUUCUGCCCUGUGACUGCAGCACGUAGAGCGAAGGAAAGGUCUCCGGUCAGCAUGUUGCUUCCUGUGAGAAAAGAGGUUGCUGAGUUUUAUCAGCAUACCAUGAGACAAGUGUGGGAAAGCCAGCCAAAGCAAGUUUGGGAAGUGACGUCAUCCACUAGAGGCAGGAGAGUGCCCCCCUCCACCUCUGCUGUCAGUGAGAAGACAAAAGGAAUCAGAGCAUCCUUGGAACAGGGUUUUUCUUAUGCUGGUGAUUUCAAUCCAGUCCAAGUCUCAGCUUAUGGUGUGGCAGCAUUAAGAGAAAACAUGUCUUGAUAUACAGCAGCCAGGUUGUUGGUUUUUUUCCAGUAAGAUUGUGUGUAUAGCAGGAAGGACUGUCACUCUGCCUGUACCACUUGACUGCCUGUGGGCCAUUAAGAGACUGAGACAUCUCCAGUGAGAGCAUCUCCAGAGGGCCCAGGAGGAGAGGCUUCUACAGCUAGAAACUGGACAUAACCUUGGCAGGCAUGGCCUGCUGUGCAAAUAAGAAAUGCCUGGCACACACUUCUUUGCUUCCACAAUCAUUUACCAGUGUAUGUGCAGAUGAAACUAGCUUCUGUACCACUGAUGUACUCCUGUAAGCAAGGCAGACUGAGUUUCUCAUCCCAUAAGGAACUGGGCAGCGUUCAGUUUCUGGGAACUUUCUUUACAUAUAUUUUUGUUGUUGUUGUCGUUGAGUGCAACAUGAUUUUCAGAAAACCUGGGCCCGGAUGGUGGGUGCUCAGUGUCCACUUACUGAGAUCACAGAAUUGCCAGCUUCUGCAUUCUUGUGCCUGAUGCAGCCUUGGUGUUUGCAGAACUCCACCAGGCUCCCUGCCCACAGGAUGCAGAAUGUCAGCCCAUGAGGGAGCAGGAGUGAAGCGGAGUAUAUAUCGCUUAGCAGUUGGGCUUACCAGUCUUUCAGUGAUUGAAAGGUACCCAGAAAUGCCUAAAAUCUGACUUAACUGGAGAGUUGGAACCCCACAGUCCACUUCCCAAGUAAAGCCAGAGCCUCUCUGCAAUUUGCCUUUUUCCU